GCUAAGCAUGGUUUCACGCUCUCUCUCCAGUCCCCUGAUCCAGACAAUCGAGCCGCUGAGCUCUACAAGGCAAGUGCAGCACCUGCGGAAGGCCAUACGGGCCCAGACAUCGCACCGCCAAUGCAGAUUUCACGUCCAGGUGGAGCCUGGCACAGCACCAGUUCUACCCUCCAGGCAUCGAGCUGUGUCGAGGUCGAUUUGGUCCAACACGGUAGGCGUCUACGAGAUCUGCCCAGAGAUGUCCGAGGCCAAAGCGAGCUUUGUGGACCACAAGCCGAAACGUUUCGGGCCGGUGAAGUCGUUCGUCAGCGCACGGGACCCGUUUGUCCUCCACCGGGAAGAAACGUUCAAGUUUGGCAACCAGCAAAUCAUGCGACUGGGCGCCCGGCCGAAUGCGCCUUCCCAGAGGGGCCAUUGA